AUGAGGGCUCAUUCUCUUUUUAGGGCUCAAGUCCGCUCUCUUACUAGGCCUUCUGGAGUUUCAACUAAACUCCAAUGCGGCGUCUAUCGACGAUUCAUUACCACUGCUCCUCUCCGAAGCUUCGCUACUAUUCCCCGUAGCGCCCCGGUGAUAGGACGAUGGCAGCAGGUCCGAUAUUCCUCUGCCGCGGCUUCUGUGUUGGAACAUGCUGCAGCGGACCCAACUACACUCACUCAAUCUGCGAUCAUUGAAAAUAUGGAUGAAGCAGAAAUGAAUCGGUUAUCUAAAGUCAGAAACAUUGGAAUUGCGGCACAUAUCGACAGUGGUAAAACCACUUCGACAGAGCGAAUCCUUUACUAUACCGGCCGUAUCGCAGCUAUCCACGAAGUCCGCGGACGGGAUUCCGUUGGUGCUAAGAUGGACUCCAUGGACCUGGAGCGUGAGAAAGGUAUCACGAUUCAAUCAGCGGCUACCUUUUGCGACUGGGUCAAGCGAGAAAAUGGAAAAGAAGAAAAAUACCACAUCAAUUUAAUUGAUACGCCUGGACACAUCGAUUUCACCAUCGAAGUUGAGAGAGCCCUGCGUGUUCUGGAUGGCGCAGUCUUGAUUGCCUGUGCCGUGUCCGGUGUUCAAUCACAGACUAUGACCGUCGACCGACAGAUGAGACGCUACAAUGUUCCGCGAAUUUCUUUCAUCAAUAAGAUGGACAGAAUGGGUGCAAAUCCUUUCAAGGCCAUUGAGCAAAUUAACCAGAAGCUGAAGAUUGCGGCUGCCGCUGUUCAAGUACCAAUUGGCGCUGAGGAUGAAUUUGAGGGCGUUGUGGAUUUGAUUCGGAUGAAGGCUAUCUACAAUGAGGGUUCCAAAGGUGAAAUUGUAGUGGAAAGGGAUGAAAUUCCAGAGAAAGUCAAGGCCAUCGCAGAAGAGCGGAGGAGAAUGCUUAUCGAAACGCUCGCCGAUGUGGAUGAUGAAAUUGCUGAGCUUUUCCUCGAGGAGAAAGAACCCACUCAAGAGCAGAUCAAGACUGCAAUUCGACCCCAUGCUGGAUGGCGUUUGUGA